AUGAGAAUUGCUAUAUUGGCUCUUGUAGUUAUUUGUGCAUUAUGUGGUCACAACAUGAGACAUAAGAAGAGCACUGUAGGAGAAGUUCAUGAUUUAAGCAAUAAUGUUGGAGUAAUCAGUUAAUCAGAAGUCUAAGUAUCACCACCUCUUACAAAAUAAUAAUUUUAAAUUAAUAAGGCUGCUAAAUAAACCACUCAAGCAAUUGAAUAAGCACUUAAGCAUUCAACAGAAACAACUUUACUCGAAGUUGAACAAUCUUUUAAUGAUGAUGUGAUCGAUAAUAUUCCUUAAUUUGAAGAAACCAUAGAUUAAAUGUCAAGUGUAAAACCAGAAGAUGUCUAUUCAAAUGAUGGCAAUUCACCAGAUAUGGGUAAGACUGCUGAAAAUUUCAAUGGAUCAGAGGCUCCAAUGGCAUCUGAAGAUAAUUAAACUACUCCUUAAGAAGAGUAUUAUGCUACCGAAACUCUUAUCACUAAUGAAGAUGUCUCAUUAAUUCAAUUAGGAGAAAUCGAUGCGCUGGCAGAUAUUGAUACAAGCAUGCCCUUGUUUGAUGAAGACUUCAAAAUUGAUGAACAAGCUCUUCAAGAAACCCCAUUGAAUGUUGGAGUUGAUGAUAUCCCUGAGGUUCAAGUUGACUCUGCUUAAAAUGAGGAAAUAUCAGCUGAUUUGGAAAGAUAAACGAAUGAAAUGACUGAGGCCUUAAUGAAUGAUUAAGAUAUUAUGAUAAAUGAAGUUUAGCUCAUUUAAGUUGCUGAUAGAGGAUUCUAUUGAUUAAUAUAUUCAAUAAUAUAAAGAUAUAUCUUUAAAAAAUGAUUAAUAAUU